AUGAGUACACCCACCCUGCCCCUACAAGGCAAGACUGCCAUUGUGACCGGAGCAUCACGCAGCAUUGGCUAUGGCAUUGCCCUAAAAUUGGCCGAUCAGGGUGCAAAUGUUGUCCUCGGAUACACCUCACCAUCCAGCGCGAUCAAAGCUACGGAAUUGAAGAAAGAGAUCGAAUCGCUGCCCCACCGGCCCAAGGCCCUUACCGUGCAGGCGGAUCUAGGCACCCUCGACGGCCCAAAACAUCUCGUGAGCGAGACCGUGAAAUGGGCCGAGUCCGCUGGUCUAACCGUGAAACUUGACAUUCUUGUCAACAAUGCCGGCCUCGAGCGUGUCAAGGCCCUUGACGAGCUCACCGUCGAGGACUACAGCGCGGUCUUUGAUGUCAAUGUGCGGGGGACCAUCCUGCUGACGCAAGCUGUGCUGCCUUAUCUUAACCCCGAUGCUCGGAUCGUGAAUAUCUCAUCAGUGGGCGCAAGGGCGGGGUUCAAGAAUCUCGGCCUGUACUGCUCUUCUAAGGCAGCAAUCGAAGGCCUGACGCGCUGCUGGGCUGCCGAGCUCGGUGGGAACGGGACAACAGUAAACGUGGUAAGCCCUGGGCCCGUGCAGAGUGAGAUGCUAGACAACAUUCCCAAAGAAAUCGUCGAGAUGCAGAAGCAGCAGACACCGGUUCAGAAUCGCCUAGGCACCAUCGAGGAGAUUGCAGAUGUGGUAGCCUGGCUAUCAGGGCCUUCAAGCGGAUGGAUCACUGGUCAGGUCAUCAGUGCGAGUGGAGGAUGGGCUAUGUAUUGA